AUUCAGACAUUUUAAAAUAAUAAUUUAUUUCUUUUUGUUGAUAAUUUUCCAAACAAAAUUCUGUUUGUUUUUAAUUUAAAUUCCGAUUAUGAUUUUGCAAUUAGUUUUUCAUUUAAUGGCUUUGGCUGUAACGGUUUUGGGUAUAUUUUAUGAUUUCAAUUAUAUAAAAUUUCCGGUCAGCGAUUUUCAAUGGCAUCAUAAAUUUGGUGGUAAAUUUAAAUUUUUAUCCAUACAAAAUAUGUUUAUACAAUUGGGCUAUUUUUUAACCGCUCUUAUCCGAGAUAUUAUGACAGGCUGUGUGAAUAAGGAAUUAAUAAAAUCUUUGACAACAUUUAAGGAUAAUUAUUUUGCCGGUUUAGCAUUUCCUUUGGCCAUAUUUGUAAGCAUUAAUUUUUGGGUUUUAUAUUUAACCAAAAGAGAUGUUAUAUUUCCUGAAUCUUUGGUGGCAGUCGUGCCUUAUUGGCAUUUACAUGUUUUACAUACAAAUGUUACGUUAUUAAUGUUUUUGGAAAUGUUUUUAUGUUUUCGUGAAUAUCCAGAAUUUUGUUCGGGUUUAAUAACAAUUUUAUCAUAUAUUUUGAGCUAUAUACUAUGGUUACAUUGUAUCAAAUAUUUUACCGGUUUUUGGGUUUAUCCUUUGCUGAAUGAUAAAAGUUUUAAAGAAUUGUAUACAUAUUUCGGCAGUGCUUUAGGACAAGUUGUUAUAAUUUAUAUGCUGGGAGAAAUAUUAAAUAAUGCUGUGUGGUCAUAUGAAUUAAUACACAAGGAGUGUGUGAGAUGUCUUUAAAAAUUUAAACUUUUUUUAAAUAAAUUAUCUUUUUUGUUUUUUAUUAAUAAAUUCCAGUUGCAUUUAAUUUUUUUGUUUUUAUUUUAAUAAAUCUUAUAUUUUUUUAUUUUGUAAGGC